CAAUAGAGCCGUCAUCUGCUGUGACGGUAGCUUCCCGAUCCACUGGUGGCAAUGGGGAGGUAGUACAGGCAAACUGUGUCCGCUGGAAGAAAAAGUUCUUAUUUAUGUGUAAAAUCAGUGCCACAACAGGGAUUCUGGAUACUUGCAUUUGCAGGGUGUCUGUGCGGAAGGAGUUAAAAGGAGGAAAGGCAUAUGCAAAGCUGGGAUUUGCAGAUCUAAAUCUAGCAGAGUUUGCUGGAUCGGGAAAUACCACUCGUCGCUGUUUACUGGAAGGUUAUGAUACCAAAAAUACAAGACAGGAUAACUCCAUUCUCAAAGUUUUAAUCAACAUGCAGCUAAUGUCUGGAGACCCAUGCUUUAAAAUGCCUCCUUCCACAGCAAUGUCUAUAGCAAUUGCUGGAGAAUCAGAAUCUUUGCAUGAAGACAGAAGAGGCGGAGAAAACUUAAAAGUACUACAUCUGGGCAUAGCAGAUGUCUCAAAGAGUGCCUCAGUCCCAGAUGAACUUGGUGCAUGUGGACAUUCCAGAACAUCGAGCUAUGCAAGUCAGCAGUCAAAACUGUCAGGAUAUAGCACAUGUCACUCUAGAUCAUCCAGUCUGUCUGAACUCUGCCACAGGAGAAACACCUCAGUGGGUAGUACCUCAACAGGAAUUGGAAGUAUUCUAGAGCCAUGUGAAGAGACUGAGCCAAAAGUAACUGAAGCUAAUAUUGAUACAUCUGUUAAAGAUGCACCAUCAGAAGAACUCUGCAGACAUCCUGUAAAGCAAGACUCUGUGGAGUCACAGCUGAAGAGGGUCGAUGCUACCAGAGUUGAUGCUGAUGAUAUAGUUGAAAAAAUACUCCAGAGUCAAGACUUCAGUUUAGACUCAAGCGCAGAAGAAGAAGGUUUAAGAUUAUUUGUGGGCCCUGGUGGAAGCACUUCUUUUGGAAGCCAUCAUCUCCCUAACAGAGUAGGAUCUGGAGCAUAUGAGCAGGUGGUGAUAAAACGCUAG